GACAUGAAAGUCUGGAAAUUCUGUCUCUUCUUUUUCCUCCUCCUGAGUUCAACGCUCGGAGAAGACACAGUUGCAGAGGACAUCAGUGUCCAUCAGCUGGAGCGUUUAGUGGAGUUGCUGACGUCUACGGAGUGUGAGGACCUUCUGUUCGCCCUCUCUCACCCAGAGGAGAACAUCUUCCAGCACGCUGAACGCCUCUCACCAGAAAAAAAUCAACUAGACGUUAAGCCUCGAGCCAAGAGAGACACCCCCUCUGCUACGGAUGGUGAGGCUCAGUGUCGGACGGCCCUGACAGACUGGCUGCUGAGGUAUGGCGAGCAGACUUACUACGACAGGCUUUCUCGCGCCUUGCAGCACAUCGGCCGAACGGACAUCGCCGUUGAAGUGGGGAAGAACAUCAACCAGGACAAACUCUUGAGCCUGAAACGCUACGUUGAAGACUACCACAAAUAUGUCAGCUCCUUAAACUCACCACCAACACAAUCUGACACAAAGGACCGGCAGCGUGGAAACCGGAGGGUCAGGAAAAGACAAGUCAGGGAUCUUUCAUGGCGUGACCUGGAUCUGAUUGUGGAGCGGGCCCCUGUCGCGCUGUACCAGAGGGGGCCUUUGGAUGUAGCUCUGCCCCUCUUAUAUGGCAUCCUGCUGGGCUUCGGAGGUACCUUGCUCGCAGGAGUCUCUAUACUUCUCAUCAUCAUACACAUCUCCAGUAAAACCCAGCAGAGCCGUCACCCCAGGGUCACUGGCAGAAAGCUCAUGGUUGGAGAUGUGAUGUUUGAAAAUGCAGCAUCUGGGAGAUUAGACACUGCAAAAUAG